AUGACCCAAGUUCGUCUUCCAUCUUCCACUGCAGCGUCUCCGUCCGCAAGGACGACGACGUCGUCAAGUCCUUCGCCCACUCCAUCGUUUGGCAGUACGCCGAGUUUCUUUUCGUCCCCUCCACCACAACAAUUGUUCCCAUCCCAGGGGUCGUCUUCGUCGACACCUCCACGGCGCUUUCCUACCCCUCCCUUCGGAUCGACGCCAAAUUUCGUCCUGUCAACACCUCAAGACAACACCUUCGUGUUCGGAGGCUUGCUACGGAGCACAGCGGAUGGCCCUUCUGUUACUUAUCCAGAUGAUCCUCUCCCUUCCGUUGAAAGAGAUUGGAGGAGCCCGUCGAUAGCUACGGGCGCCUCCAGUCGUCUCGACAACAAUGCUCGGACUCCCUCCUUCUCUUUCUCCCCGCCGCCGCCUUCUACACCUACGCAGCAUCGAACAGUUACGUCGGUUGUCACGAGCCCCAACGGGACCGCUUCGCCUCGGAGUCCCGACGAGACGGAGAGUGUCGCCGGUCGUCUGGGAAAUAUGAACCUUACGCCUCGCCAGCCGAGCUUGGCAAUGUCCGAUGUCGGGGCGGCCAUUGCAGAUGUUGCCAAUGGCUUGGACGAGCAAACGCCCCGGCCCGCCGCCUCUAGUCCGGAUUUUGGACGGCCUUCGCCGAGUCCUUCGCCGAGUCCCCACCCUCGACUCAAGGCAAAGAAGCUUCCUCACAAUGUCAAGGACGAAAAGCCUCCGUCCAACCGCUUUCAUGAUCCGACAGUGCAGCAGGCUUUCGGCGAGGCCAAGACCCUCAUGAGCAGCCUGGCUAACGCGCUGGGGAGCAGCUCUCUCCAUGUCAACCCCGACUCUACAAUCCAGAGGUUGCAUCGCCAGGCACAGGACUUGUCCCGUUUCCAGUGUCCAUCGACCCGAACUGUGGGGUUUGUCGGCGACUCUGGUGUUGAUAAUCAACAUCUGGCCAGAACGAGCAACAGCGGUGCUGCUUGCACCUGUGUAGUUACCGAAUAUCAUUACCACGACAGCAGGGACUUCGUCAUUGAUGUUGAGUUGUUCAGUCAAGAGAAGCUCAUGGACCAGAUCACUGAGCUACUCCAGACAUACCGUCGUCAUCACCUGCCAUCGGAAGAAAAUGAAACCGCCGUAGGAGCGGAUGUCAGAGAAGUGGAGGAUGUUGGAGAAGUGAAGGAUGUUGAAGAGCAGGCCAAGGUUGCUCACGAUACUUUUAAGGCCAUGUUCAGAGACCGGCUCAAAGAUGAGCAGGUCCUGACGACGAAGCCGAAGGAUUAUGUGCUGUCGACCUUGCGCUCGUGGGUGCUGGAAGCGCGGCCAUCGCAGAUUGGAGGGAUAAAGACGAGAAGUAGUCUUCAGGAGUGUUCCGACCUUCUGAUGCACUUGACAUCCGAGACGGCGGAGGCAACAGAGCCAGCGGUCUGGCCAUACAUACGGAAGAUCAAAGUCUUCCUAGACUCGCACAUUCUGAGCAAAGGACUUGUGCUUGUCGACCUACCUGGGCUCCGCGACCUCAACUCCGCGCGGAGGAUGAUCACCGAGCGGUACCUUGUCGAAUGCGACGAAAUCUUCGCCGUCUGCAACAUUGGACGAGCCAUGACCGAUGUCGGCGUCUUCAGCGUUUUCGAGCUUGCGCAGAAAGCAAAACUGUCCAACGUGGGCAUUAUCUGCACCAGAUCUGAUGACAUCCAGGCCUCGGAAGCCGUGAGAGACUGGACAGGGUCUUCAGCUGAACGAGUCCAGAAAUUAAGCAACAAUGUGUCAACGGUCCAAUCUGAGAUUUCCAACAUCGUCCUAGUGCUGCCAGAUGAAGACACAGGCGAGGAUUCGGACUGCUACAACAAACUUUUUCGCGACAAACAUAAGGCCGAAAAACGUCUGCUACAGCACCAAUUCAAGCUCAAGAAAUACUUGAUUGAGACGCGGAACACAGACAUCAUCAGCAAGCUGCAAACCCAGUACGGCGACGCGGUGCCUGCCAGAACCUUGCAAGUGUUCUGCGUCAGCAACACGGAGUACUGGGCAAAGCGUUCGAUGCCGAGGGACGACGCGCUUCCGUCGCUGGAGCUCAGCUGCAUUCUUGACCUGCGGAAGCAUUGUCUCUCCAUUGUUGCCGACACUCAGCUGGAAGCCGCAAAACAGUUCGUCGUCAAUGACAUCCCAGCCCUGGUUGGGGAUGUCGCGCUGUGGGUCCAGUCCGGCGCCGGGAGCACGGAUGCGGAGCACAAACGGGCUGUUCGUGAGACUCUGGACGAGGUUGAGCGCCGCCUGAAGAAGUACGUGCUUUCAUAUCUCUCCCUUCCACACUCUCCGCAUGCUCUUGGCUCUGACCGUUGGCGUCUCUCAGACCGAAACACCGACGACUGGACACAAUCCGCCAUCGCUGCCGGUAGCAAGUGGAAUGAGUGGACCCACCCAACUUACUCGGCGUUUUGCCGCAACUACGGCUGUCACUAUACAAAAGCUGUGGGUAGGUGGCACGAUUGGAACGAAGAGAUCAUCGCCGGCAUGGUCACGGAUCUAGCUGUACCGUGGCAGAGGCUGUGCUCGUCUUUCGGCGACGAGAUCGAACAGGCCAUCGACCUAGUCGAUGAAUCCAUGGAAUGGGCACUUGAGUUCCUCGAAGACGAACUCGAUGGUUUCUCUUUCACGAUGACACUCAGCCAAGUAUUGCUUUGCCAUAAGAACACCAUGCUCGCGGAGGCCCAGAAGGCGUACGAUAAUUUUGAAAACAGCCUGAGCACUCUACGAGUCGAUGCCCUUAGUGGGAUUCGGACUUCUCUCAUAGGCCAAGCGAUGGAAAGCUCGUACAAGGCUUGCAAUCUCGACUCUGGGGGUGGAAGCCAUGAAAGGCGCAAGGGCUACAUUAAUGGCACCAUUGCGCGCCAGGACCUAUUCCGAAACCUGAUGCGAGACUUUAGGAGGCGAUUGAAUGGUUUGGCGGACAGCCUCCAAGCUGACUUGCUCACCACCAUUCGGGCACACCUUGCCAUGAUUGAUGAAACGCUAGAUUUGAUCAGGAGGGAGAACGUAGCGACGGAAAGUGAGGGCAAUCCAGAGCUCAGAAGCCGUUUGGGAGAGGAAGUCUCACUGGCGACUGAGAAGACGAGACUCAUUCAGCAGGUUAUUGUUGGGUAG